AUGAAAUUGUUCUACAAUCGGAAGAUUUCAAAAUUUUCUCUUCUUUUGCUUUAUCUAUUGUUUGGAUGGGGAAUUCUGGGUUCUUUACAGGAAAAUAGUGUUAAAUUCUCAGAAAAUAUUUUAAAGGUUUGUAGAGAUUAUCGGAGAUUGAAGCAGGAACAACAAAUGUUGUUAUUAACUUGGAUAAAUGAGAUUUUGGAAAACAAAUCAAUUGCAUUUAAUAUACGUUAUAAUUUGAAAAAAUGUAAGAAAUCUUUACGUGAUAGUUUGAACAAAAAAGAUUCGAUAAGGGAUAGACUGGUUAAAUUUUUUUUUGAAAGAAGAAUAAAGGACUAUGAAGAAGAGUGUAGACAACUCACCAAAGCAAAAGAUCCAUUAAAAAUUGGGAAAGAAGAACUCGAGGAACUCCAAAGGUUUACUGAGGAAGCUAAUACAGAUUCUGAAUCAAAACAAAACAAUUACUAUCCUCAAAGAUUCGAAAAUGGCAUUUAUAAUAAUUUUUUGAGUAAUUCCAAUACGAUAGAAAACUUCAUAUUCGAUUUACUGAAUAAUCAACCCCAAAGCUCCGAACCUAAUGAAACUUCGGAGAUAAUCAAUUAUAUUUUGCCUUAUGAUUCAUAUAGUAAUUACCUUAACGAUGAUGGAAUUCCAAUAAUUAUGGAAACAGAAAAUUUCAUAUUGAAACAUGAUUCUCUUUUGCUCUUAGUUCCAUUAAAAGUUCCUAUGCAUAUGAAUUAUGUGAGAAUGCCAUUACCAGAGUUAGAACCACAGCCAGAAGAUAUUCAGAUAGAUUAUUCUAUUACUUUAAUGAAAGAUCCAAUUAUAGCAAUUAAUAGAAUAUACAAAGAUGAAUCAGAGCAUAGCACUAAAAGCUUAAAUUCCGCGGCUGAAAAUGAGAUUGUCGACGAGAAAUUGGAUAUACUUGAUUUCUCUGAAUCUUCUGAUAUAAUUUCAGAAUCAGAAUUCACCGAUUUUGGGUCCCUCAACCUACAUAGCGUAGUAAACGAAAAAAACAAAAAGAGAAGACGUAAAACUGAGUCAAUAUUAGAUGGGCUAAAUAGAUCAGAUGAGAGAGAUGGUAUAAAUUUUGGAAGCCAAGAGUCGGCCCUAAACGAAUUGGCUAUUAAUGUAGGCCUCCGACCAACUUCGGAUCAAGAUACUGUAAGCUCAGAUAACAGCGAAUACACAGGACCAGAAAGUGAAUCUUCAGGAACUGAAGAGUAUGGAUCUCAAAGUGAGAGUGCCAGUACAGACAGAGAUUAUGAAGAUGAUCAGGACAGCUUCCAAGAGUCUGCAAAUGAUAGCAGUAUCUCAGAAAGUCAAGAUAGUUCUAUCCAAUACGACAGAGAUUACGAAAGUGAAUAA